GGUGCUGAAGGGACAAACCCUGCGAUCGCCGACACGCUGGAACAACGCUACUGAGACACGGAACAGAGGGAGCGAUGUGAAGCGCGCCCAACGCACUCCGCUAGAGCGAAUUAAAAGGUGAAACGAUGCCACCCCUAGCCUGGUUCUGCUCUACAGGCCUGUUUCUCCUCUCACCCCUUUCCCUCCUCUCCACGCUUCUCUGCCUACAUGUUGGGGUUCACGGGGCAACACUGUGGGAGCCCCAUCAGCAGGAUGGCAGCCCUGAUCCCCCCCGCCCCGCAUUCCAAGCCCCGCCCCCGCCCCCGCCAAGUGCGGCCAUGCUCCGGGCCCUGGAGCACAUCCAGAGACUCAGCCAGCAGGCCGCGCACGGCUCGGACGCAGGCAGCGUAAACGCUGGGGAGGACCCGGGUGACAUGGAGCGCGUCCGCGCCAUGCUGCAGCAGGUCACACCUGCAAGACCCGCUGCUGGAAUGCACAGUCUGAGAGGAGAGAAAGACAAAAGCAGUGGACAGGAGGAACACGAGGUGGACGAAGGUCAGAAGUGGAUCGAAGAGGUUCUCAGUAGACUGCUAUGGGCCAGCAAGCCAGUGACUCCUCAGGAAGCAGCCCACGCAGCUCGCAGUCAUUCCGUAACACCCCGAGCAACUACUCAUUCACUUUUCAGCCUCUCACCUCCUCCUGGACCCACACAAGAGCACAACAGGCAGGCUAAUGCAAUGGGCAUCCGUAGACACGACAGGAAGUUCCCUCUGCUCUUCGAGGACAAAGAAGGGCAGGAACAGCCACUUAAACGGACCAAUGAGAAUGCAGAGGAACAGUACACACCCCAAAAAAUGGCCACCCUCCAAUCAGUGUUCGAGGAGCUCAGUCGAAUCGCAAACUCUAAAGCUUACAACAAACGUCAGAAUGGUGAGGAUGACGAAAGCGGUAACACUAAUGAAGAUUAUGAUUGGUACAGGGAGAAAAAGUUGGCAUUUGAAGAUGGGAAUGGAGAAGAGGAGCUGACGCCUCUGGAGGAACAAACAGAACUAGAGGAAGAGGAAACACGGAGACGGCAGUUUAGGGGUGACUUAGGUAACGGUGUGGAGGGGGACGAGGAAGCCAGCGAUGGAGAAGGAGAAGAAGCAGACGACGAGGUCAAAAGAUCUAAUCAAUCAGAUUUGCUUCAGAUGGAAAAAGAGGAGGAGCCAGAUGAUGUCAGCAAGCUGGUGGACUACUAUUUGUUUAAGGUUCUGGAGAAGACAGAGCAGGAGAAGCAGAAGCGAGAGGAAGAGCAGGAGAAAAAAGAUGAAGAGGAGGAGGAGGAGGAGGAGGAGGAGGAGAAUAAUGAGGAGCAGGAAAGAAGAGAGGAGGAAGAUGAACAAAGAGAUAAAGAGAGAAGGGCAGCCCAGCUGUGGUACCGAGGAGAUUCGCAGCCUCUGUAUCAGCUUCUCAAGAUUUCCCAAAAACUUAAGAUCCCGCCUGAAGACAUUGUAGACCUGCUGGAGAGUGAAGAGAACAAGAAUCCUGACAGGCUCUGGCAGCGCAGGCAGGGGCAGUCACGGACACCCUCACUCCGUUACCCUAGACCACUCGGGCCUCACAAAGACCCAGCCGGUGUACUCUAUCGACGGCCUCCCAAGACACAAGAGAUGAGCACCAUCACCCAAGACAUCCUGAGGAUCCUGGGACUGGCGAGUAUGGCACAGCCUGGCAACAAAUCCUUCCUGAGGCCAAAUCAGUACAAGCUGACGCCGGCACUGAGAUAUUCCCUGGUGGAGAGGGAGAUUCCAGACUACGUUUUGUCUGAGAGCGGCAGAGACCAGCCCAGGGCCGACCACGAUGAUGCUGAGCAUGAGGACGGGCUCGCCAGUUACCUGGUGGCAGAGUUGCUGGCACAAAGGCAGAGGCGCGCAUCGCCGGAGCUGGAGCAGGCCGUCAGGGAUUUCCUGGAUGACCCAGGCAUGAGCGUGUCAGAAAAGAGACAGGUGGAGCAGGAGAAAACCACAGAAGACUCAGAUGAAGACACACUGCUAGGAAUUCUGCAGUAUCUGAACCUGGACAGCGGCGACAUGGAUGAAAUGCACCUAAGCGAUAAAACGGUGGCAGGAAUGUAGAUGUCUGUCUUGUACACAUAUCCCAUAUUGUUUAAAGCUGACUUAUGCUAUAAUAAAGAAUUUUGAAAACAAUCCAGUUUAGUCAAUGUAAAGUUCUAGCUUUUUGUCUUUUAUUUCUUUUAGUAGAGACAUUUUGAGUAUGAUACCUACACAACCUAUGUGCUUCAAAGUCAGAUCGUUGUUAUUGUUGAAAUCUUGUACUAGUUGCAACAGUGUAAAUAGCUUGAGCCUCUGUCAAGGCCUUGCACACACACACACACGCACACACACACACACACACACACACACACACACACACACACGUGUAGUUUUCCAUCAGCCUUGUUUGGUGCAUUCAGUUAUUUGUGACAAGAUAGAGGUAAAUAAAGAAUUUGCUCAUG